CCUUCCACCCCCCCGCAGUCGAUCCCGCCUCCGUCGACCCAUCCCGCUACCCCUCCUGGGUCCUCCUCGACAGCAGAGCCUACUUCGACGACCCCGUCAACGGCACCACCGUGAAGGCCACGACGAGCACGGGCCACAACUUCGAGGUCACUUUUUGUCUCGCCCACCCGCCUGCCGUCUCCUACUUCUACGUCCACUUUCCCGGAAUCAACGUACUAGAGUGUUGCACCACGGAGCCCCGCGUCAUUUCCUCCGCCAAUGACCUCGCGCUCCUAUGCUUCCCCUUCAGAACUGGCACAUCGAGCACCUACGACUACUUUGUCUACAGGGCUGCCUCCGGCAAGCCCACCAUCAGAUCGGUCCCGUGUCCUCCUCCAACCUACAGGCACUCAUGGCACGCAGCCAUCGUAUCCCGCGAGGAAGGCAGUUUUUUGGUCGCUGAUCUUUCCCUGGGUCGGGACCUUGGGCACUACAACCUGCACAUCUUCUCGUCGGAGACAGACGAGUGGAGCACCAAACAUGUGCAGCUGAAGGAGCCUCCUGGUAUCCUGCCAAAGCUAAUUCGCAAGGUGAUCUCUCUUGGAGAAGGCACAGUAGGAUGGGUCGACCUCUGGCGCGGCAUUGUUGUCUGUGAUGUGCUUCAGAAGGAUCCUGUUCUCCGCUUCAUCCCGCUGCCCAGACCGCUGCCCAAGGCUGAUUAUGACGAGCCCCCGAAAAGCCAAGCAUUGGCCGAUUAUGACGCAGCACGGUCAGUGCGGGACGUUGCCGGCUUCCCCAAUGGUUUCAUCGACUUCAUCGAGAUCGAACAUUGUUUCAAAUGGUCUAAGUUUAUCAACAUGAGGAGUUUCAAGACGACGGCCUAUCUUGAUUUCCUAGAUACCAUCAGUGAUAAUGACCUCCUUAGGCAUCAUGAAGAGGACAUUAUGGAGGAUAAAAUUGAGUGUGCACCUGAUGGCUGGAAGAUCCGAACAGGCUUUAGGAACAUUUCUUGGAACCAUUGGAGAAAAGGGUACAAUUUCCAUGUUGAUGACAUAUCAGCCGAACCACAACUUGCUCUGGAGCUACUUCACCUGUGGGAUAGUACAAGUGAGAAAUGCAGAGUGACAAACCUGAAGACUACACCAGGCUUCCCGACCUUCACCAUUUAUGAUUGUGCUGUUGUCCUCAUGUCUAAGGUGGGUGCCGACCAAGUCACAUGGAUGCUUGGUGUAAAUCUUGGGAAUAAGUCGCUGGAAGUCAUCAAGCCAUACCGUGCCUUGAGAGUCGAUUAUUACAAUCCGACCUUCAUUUCCUGUGAAUUCUCCAAAUAUCUGAAUACCGCUCCAAUUCAAAGGCCAUGUGAUGAGGAAGUUGCAGCAGAGUCUGCUCCGAAUGAGGAAGUUGCGGCAGAGUCUGCGCAGAAUGGUGUGCCUAAUGAUCAACUUCCAUUGGGGGAUACUGUUCCAAACAAUGUGCAACCCCAGCAAUACAAGUGGAAUGGGGGUGUUCCCAUUAGGACUUCUAAUGAAUAUGGUUUUGGCGAAUACCACGACGACUAUCAGCAGCAACCCAGUCUGACACAAACUGGGCAGCACACGUCGUCUUCAACUUCAACUCAAUUAGUGCCAUCAAGUGAAAGGUGUAAGCUGACGAUGGUGCUCCCUUUGAUGCCUCCAAGGCCAGUGCAGCUUGCACAACCCCUUGGCUCCAAGGUGACUCUUGAUGAAUGACUUUGACGGCUGUCCUCAACCAUGGCCAACAUCACCACAUGAAGCCAUUUUUUCAUCUCGUGCACCUGGCGAGCUGGUGGAAUAUCAUGGUUGAUGACCUGGAAUGUCAACAAAGUGUACGCUCUAGCAUCUCGAUGAUGUGCUGACAUGUUCACAGACUACCACCGUCUGUUAUCAUAUCAUGGACGAUGCUUUAAAACAUUUGAAUACUUUAAUAAUGUGUCUAUGGAGUUAUGGACCUUAUUAGCCUUUGUUGAUGUUCGGUUGCUCCCACAUCAUGAUGCCUGUUUUGUGUAUCAUUUCCGAUUAGCACCGAAGGAUUUGUGAAGUCAGUCAUUGACCGUCGACCUAAACAUGUUAACUUUGUUCAGUAAGCACAUUGUUAACCA